ACAUCUGCACUACUUUACGACAACAAAGAUAUUUUGUGACUCCAGUAAGGCUUCUACCCAUAAACUUCCCACCAUACACAAGACUAGUACGAUCUUUUCUUGUCACGUGAAACAGCAGGUGAAUGUUGUGCUGUUAUGAAUGUAGUAUAAGGUUAAACAUUUAUAUUAAAAUUUCUGUGGCAAAUAAUUCUUACAACAUAGAGUCAGAAAUUAUAUAUAUACAGGGGUUGGACAAAAUAAUGGAAACACCUUAAAGCUAAAAAAGCUUUAAGGUGUAGCGAGACAUACUGUAUUUAUGUCUCCACCCUCACAGCCAAAAACACUUUAAAAACAAAUGUUAGCCAUGGUGCAAAAGUCCCGCUAUCCGUCAGUGGUGAUAUUCUUUGCAGGUUACAGAAAUAUAGGCAAAAGGAGACGGUGUAACAGCGUGUGUAGCUGCCAUAUUUGUCGAUUUUCAAAAGUAUUUUGAAAAAAUAAAUAGAUGUGCUACUCGGGACGGAAAACACUUUUUACUCCAUUGAAACGCACAUGCGUCAACAUGCAACGCUGAGCGCUGCCGUUGUUGACAGUAUAGCACAAAAAUGUCCACUUUCCCAACAUCCCAAUGUAUUACGAGCGUGGAUGGGUUGGUCAGUAUAUGUUCAGGUGACAUUUGAUCUUGCUCAUACUGUAGAUAACACUUAGAAAAUCGAUCGUCAAAGGAUCACUUUAAUAUGCAUUUCCUGGUUAAUUCUUGCAUUCAAACAGUAAUGCCUGUGGUGAGUCAAAGCCACAUUGACAGUACAAAUGACUUGUAGCUGCAGCACAUCAUACUGGUCCUGCUUGCUCUUCACAUCACUGUCCGAACUAGUUUUGUUUUGGGUCAAUACUCCGGUCGUCUUUGGGAAGAAUGGACGUCCAUAUGUUUUCUAAGGAUAAAGCCAAUCUGAUCAAAUCCAAUCUAACUUCUGGUCCGUCUAACAUGAUCACAUUUACGUCUCCAAAUAACCCAAGAGGCACUUGUACUCCUUUUAAUAUGAUUCCUUCACACCAAAAAAAGAUCAUUGGUGAUGGUUAAAAUGCAUGAGGAUAAUAGAUGUCCAGAUAUGUCUUGAGUGGACUGAAUCGUAAUAUGUGUUACCUGAUCUACCACCCAAGUGUAUUCAAAUGAUCCUGUUGAGAUUUCCUGAAUCAGUUUGUGGUUUGAUGUUUGACAAGUGAUCACUUUGGUUUUGGCGGCGGUCAGGGGGUCCAAAGGCUGGCUGUACGUCACCUUUUGGCUCUCUUGGUGGGUUUUGGUGCAGACCUGGGUUCCGGGUAGGUAGCUGUGGCUCAUUGGGAAUUGAGAACGGAAUUGUUGUCUCAUCAGGACUCCAAGACAGCCAGGAGAAUUCCAGGGCUGCUGCUCAAAGACUUGAACGACUCAGGAAAGAACGUCAAAACCAAAUUAAAUGUAAAAAUAUUCAGUGGAAAGAAAGGACGUCCUCUCAUUCAGUGGAGGAUCUGGGCUCUUUGUUCGAGAAGCGUGACUUGAAAGACAGGCCACGGACCACAGGUACCAAAUCGACUCUGUCGCUGCGCCUGGAGCAGUGCCCCCAGCAGCUCAACAACCCCUUCAACGAGUACUCGAAAUUCGAUGGAAAGGGCCACAUCGGCACAACGGCUACAAAAAAGAUUGACGUCUACCUCUCCAUGCAGUUGGCUCAGGAAAAAAUUCACCCCAUGACUGUAGUGACCAUCGCCAACGCGCGUGUUCAUGAUCUCAUUGGGCUCAUUUGCUGGCAGUACACGAGCGAGGGACGAGAACCAAAACUCAAUGAGAAUGUUAACGCCUACUGCCUCCACAUCGCAGAGGAUGACGGCGAGGUCGACACUGACUUCCCUCCUCUGGACUCCAACGAGCCAAUCCAUAAGUUUGGCUUCAGCACGCUGGCACUGGUGGAAAAAUACUCUUCCCCCGGCCUCGGUGCCCGACAGUCACUGUUUGUCAGAAUAAACGCUGCUCAUGGAUUCUCCCUCAUCCCUGUGGACAGUCUGAAGGUAACCAUGAAGGAAAUCCUUCAGAAAGCACUCAAGAAGAGGAAAGGCUCGCAGAAAGGAUCAGGACCCAUGUACCGGCUGGAGAAGCAGACGGAGCCAAACGUGGGAGUGGACCUGGACUCCACCCUGGAGAUUCAGAACACAUUGGAGUUCUGUCUGGUCAGGGAGAACAGCUCCCGAGGUGAGGAGAGCUCAGAGGAAGACCCUCCCAUCGACAUCACCUCGGUCCAGGACAUGCUGAGCAGCCACCACUAUAAGUCUUUCAAGAUCAGCAUGAUGCACAAACUGCGUUUCACCACUGACGUGCAGCUGGGUGUCUCUGGUGAGAAAUUGGAGAUCGACCCGGUCACCAACCAGAAGGCGAGCACAAAGUUCUGGAUCCGACAGAAACCGAUCUCCAUCGACUCCGACCACCUGUGUGCCUGUGACCUUGUAGAGGAGAGAAGCCCCAACCAUGCGAUAUUUAAACUGACUUAUCUCAGCAACCACGACUACAAGCCGCUCUACUUCGAGUCCGACGCUGCUACUGUCAACGAAAUCGUUUUGAAGGUGAACUACAUUCUGGAGUCACGAGCCAGUUCCUCCCGAGCUGACUACUUCGCUCAGAAACAGCGGAAACUGAGCCGACGGACCAGUUUCAGUUUCCAGAAGGACAAGAAGUCUGGCCAGUAGCGUGGCUGACACCGACUUCAAACAGCCGUCUGCCUGCUCCACAGACAGAUGCACAGAGGCCUGACAGUCACAGACGUCACAGGGCCGACUGGUCGAGCUCUCUGCGCGCCUCGCGUCAGACGACCUGAGAGGAGCAUCAGAGGAUACGCGUCUCUAACUGCUGAUGAGGUGGAAGCCCUUCCACGAGCCAGAGUGGUUGUUCUUGUCCCUGAGGAGGCAAGAAUUGUUGAACUGAAUAUUUUGGCUACAAUGUUGCCAUUAUGUUUGUUUUUGUUUCCUGCCAAUUAUUGAGUCUAAAUUUGUGUCUACGAGGAUGAUUUGUGCAGCUUCAAGUUAUUUACACUCAACAUGAAUCAAAUGUAAAAUCAUGGCAC